AUGGAGACCGAAUCAGAAAAUCACUGGAAAGACUCCUGCAAGAAAGUGAAAGGAAUCCUCAGAUCCCUCACUCCUCUCAAAUCAUCCCCGGAAUCCUUAUCAAUCUUCUCAACAGUGUUCUAUCCCCAUGUCUCGGAUACAGAGUUACUCGACCUGGGCAUCCAACUUCAUCGUCUGGAUAUGAAAACCGGCAAAUCCGCACCUCCCACAAUCCGCUAUUUCCGCCCCAGAGCUACUUUCCCCGAUCGGUUCCCCGAUACAUCAAAUGCUUGCAGGAAGAGUCUCUCGUUGAAUGCAGUGUGGAGGAUAGCAGAUCGGGAGGCAGUCCAUCCUGAAUCGAGCCCUAUGAUUGACAAGGACAGGUUUACGAUUCUCCCAUGGGCCCUUGAGGCUACUUACGCGAAUUACUCGUUUGAAAUGACCCAGGAUGAAGAGUUGGAGCUUGGUCAUCUCUCUUCUGCAAAGGGUAAUUACGGAUGGGUCUGGGAUCAUGAAAGAGACGCCAGAAUCAACGCUGCAAGAAGCUGCUCACCCUCCAAAAAUUGUAUGCGCGAAAGUGAAUUCGCCAUAUUAAACGAUGUGCCCACCCAUCUACGCUGCUAUUCGAAGAAAAGACUUAGCACUCGCUUGACCCAUUCCAGUAGCAAGGACGAGCUCCUCGCGGAUAAUUCAUGUCACGCGUGGGCGACGGUAAGUAUCCCCGAAUGCGGCACGGACUCACGGCCCUCCAGAGACGAGAUCGGAGCUUUGGUUUGUACCAUGCUGGAAACCAUGGUGUGCGAGAAGCCGCUUAGCGAUGACGAGAGACCACGAAAGUACGGCCAUGUUUUCCCGGUAAGUCUGCCGAUGUGA